CAUUGAAUAUGAAGAAACAGCAAGAGGGGUUAAGAUUUAUAAAAAAGUAACUUCUUUUGGUGUUGUUGGUUGCACUUGCCCCGCUUGUGAACUAACCGAAAUAAAAAAUCAAGAGUUAAUCCAAGAACUAACUGCUAGGAUUAAUAGCCAAAGAUUAACUGAACAACAAAUGAGAGUCAUUCAAGAAGAGAUAAAUGAAAAACUAGAAGAAGAA